UCAUGCUGCUGCCAGGUCCAGAGUGUCUCAUGGGUCCCUGUACGGCCUCCCAUUGCUGCUGUCUCCAUCGCCACACACUGCCAUGUGCCACUUUCAGGUCUCCUCACACUGCUGGUGUGUUCCAUUUUGUCAUAGGGUGCUGGCAGAUUACGGGCCUCCCAUUGCUGCUGCCAGGCCCCUAAUCUGCCAUGGGCCCCUGUACCGCCUCCUCAUGCUGCUGCCAGGUCCAGAGUCUCUCAUGGGUCCCUGUACGGCCUCCCAUUGCUGCUGUCUCCAUCGCCACACUCUGCCAUGUGCCACUUUCAGGUCUCCUCACACUGCUGGUGUGUUCCAUUUUGUC